UGUUGUUAGCUCAGCAAAGACGGUCGUGAAUAUUUUCCGAUUCUAGAAAUUUAUGGGAUAGUCAAUUGAACCUUUAUUUUCCUACAUCAUCAACUAAACGCUACAUGGAAUUGUGCAACAAGUAAAGUGACUGAUUUCUGUAGUUUGAUCUCAGCUUAUUCAUUAGCCUCCGGUCUAGAAGAGCAAACGCUGUAACAUAAUCUAGUCCAAUAUUUGCAAUUUUUGUUUGACAUGUGCACAAUUUCCUAUUUCCAUUUCUUAAGAAAGUGAAAAUUGUAGUGUUGAUAUUUUUUCACCGCGCCUGAGUAGGCAUUAUUUUUCAUUGUGCAGAAACGUAUCUUGUUUAUAAACUGUAUCUACCUACGCGCGGAGUGGUGGUCGCAUGAGUUGAUUACAUUUUUGUGACCUUAUUGUGCUCUGGAUGAUCAACCGUGGUUGCCUCCAUUUUUUAAUUAAAAUCUGAUCUCGAAAGAAGCAGUGUCCUGCUAGGUGUAAUAUAGCAGUUGUCAAUAUAUCUACAUCUAUUGGCUGGUGGCUGGCUAGUCACUGGUAAUAAAGUGUGCAUCGUGUAUGUGUGUUUAUUCUUACAUCAAGCUGUGAAUGGAAUACGAAAACAAGAGUUUGUUGUAGCUCUGUAGGGUUCAAGGUUUAUCGAAUUAUUUCGAUGAAGAUGUCGUUCAGUGAAGUAGCUGUCUUCCGUCAAAUGAUGAAUUAAUGUUUACUACGUUAGUAAAAGAAGAGUGCAUAGCCGAGACGUAAGGAUUUCAAAAUCAUAUUGAUUUAACUUAAAAUCAUCUACUAAAAUUUAGGAGCACCAAAUCUAGUCCAGAAUACGAGUGAUCAUGGGAAACAUAGCGUCUUCAAGUUCAAAAUUAGCGGAAAAAUGUCCAAUGCUAGAAAAGAGCGAACUGCCACUGAUAGCCAGUUCGUUUAGAAUAGUCAGUAAAAACUCAGACAAAUGCAAGGAGGAGGAACUUAUGAAAUUUUGGGGUUCUCAAAUGGACCCACGGUUGGCUCAGUACAUUACCAAUUUUCUAUUUGGACCUCUUGGCCAACGAGCAGCAUUUGUAGACCUUCCUCGAUUUGCCGAAUUGUAUGUCUAUACAGUACGAGGUACACUGGAGGAACGAAUCAACGUGCUGCUCUGUAGUUUGGGACAAUCACCCGAUUCAGAAUCCACCGAAAUAGCUUACCCGUUAAUUAAAGAGUAUGUCGAGGCAGUCGUUAGCAGCUACAUGCGAGCGAUAAGACUUGAAGGUGGACCGGAAUUUAAAUCAUGGGAAUCACGUGGAUUUAGGAUUGUGAAGGAGUGUAUACAAAAGUUAGCCGAGAGCUUAGUGUACGAUGUUGUUCAGCAAGGUACACAGAAGGUUACCCGAAUAGACGCAGAACGCUGGCUCAGCAAAAAUUCCAUUUUCCUCAAAAUGCUGGAGCAUGUGUUUUCCCAUUUGUACAACUAUCGUAGCGUAAAAAACAGCUCUGAAGAGAGGAAAAAAGACGACACCGAUGAUAGCAAAAACAAGAGAAAGGAGAACCUUCCCCAACAAGAGGUCGUGCUGCACGCUAUGCUUCCGCUUUGUGAGGGCCUGCAAUACAUGCCCGACUACCCGGCGUUCACCGAUCUCUCACAAAUGUUGUUCGUCAAUGCGAAUCUCCCAGCUGCACAGCAGAACAAGUGGCGGUUUUUGUUCUCCUCGCAGAUUCAUGGAGAAAGUUUUUCCACAUUGUUGGGUCGCAUCAUGGAUCAGGGAUCCACUGUGGUGAUAGUUGAAGAUGCAAACGGGUAUAUUUUUGGUGGAUAUGCCACCGAGUCCUGGGCACUGGGACCCAACUAUUUGGGCAAUGAAAAUUCAUUCCUAUUUACGUUGCGACCGAAGAUGCGAUGCUUCCCGUCGACUCGCUAUAAUCCACAUUAUCAGUAUUUAAACCUGCAUCAACAGACGAUGCCGAACGGAAUGGGUAUGGGUGGCCAGCACAACUACUGGGGCCUCUGGUUGGACAGUGAAUACGGAAUCGGAGAAUGUUCGGAAACGUGUACCACCUACCAGGGAUACUUCCAGAUGAGUGCCACCAAAAAUUUCACCGUUCGAAAUGUGGAGGUCUGGGGCGUUGGCGAUAAGCCGGUUAAGGAAGAUGAUUCGGAGGAGAACACAGCUCGAUCCAUUCUGGAUGGAAAUGCCGACAGCAAAGCCAUGCUGAAGUUGAGCGGACGCGAACAGUAUUCCGAUGGAUAUCGGGAGGAACCAAAAGAUUAAAAAAUGAAAUCGAACGCCAGAAACAAGUUUGAGAACAAGUUAUGUUCGCCGGAGAUUAAUCUGGUCGAUGUAUUGGAUACGUUUAAUUUUAAUUUUCUGUAGAUUUUUACAAUGGUAGGUUUAUGAAACGUUAGUUAUUUAUUAGAUGAGCACGUGUCGUUCUGAGAGUGCUGAAGGUGAAGAGCAUGAUGAAACAUGAAUGAUAUAAUCGUUUUGCUUUAGAAUAUUUUUUUUUCUUUACUUUAUCUGGCGUUUGCUAUGCACUUUGUACCUAGUAUGAUCUUUCCGUUAAUUACUUUUCAGAGAGAGCGUGCAACCUUACAGCAAGAGGAGGCCCGAAAUAUGUUUCAUGAGAACUUAUACGGUGUGCGUUAAUGCGAUUAUAAUUGUAUCGAGACUGUAGAAAGAAGCAACACAAAAGUAGCUUGAGCAAUCAAACUAUUAAAAAGUAAUAAUUUAUUCUGAAAACGGCUGUAGGUAUCUAGUUGCAUGAGAAAUUGUAAAUAAAGAGCCCUAUGUUAAAGUUGUAGUUCAUCUUAUGUUAAAUUUAUUUAUUGUGUGUUCAGCCUUUUAUUAUUUUGCUUUCACUUGAGCGCACAGAUCUAAAUAGCAGACAGGAAUGAAUUUCUUUAAUUGUGCCAUAUGAAUUGUAAAACGAUAAAGCAAGAUAACAGUAAUGAGGAAAUUUAGAUUUUUAAAUUGUUGCGCAAGGUACAUUACUGGUUAUUUAUAGGUCAGUUGAAAACGAGAGCAAUCAGUGUUAUUUAAUGUAAAUGUGCUACGGAUACGUUGCCGAAAAUCCGAAAUGAAGACAAAUAUAUAGUAAUGGUUAA